AUGGAGGCAAUUGUAGAAUAUAACUAUGAAGCACAAGAACCUGAUGAAUUAACUUUAAAAAAAGGAGAUAAAAUCACAGAGAUUAAAGUAAUGUUAGGUGGGUGGUGGGAAGGAACUUUAAGAGAUAAACGUGGCAUGUUUCCUGAUAAUUUUGUUAAGGUAUUAGAACCUGUAUCAAGUGGAACAGUUGGAAGUAUAGGAAGUGGAAGCAGUGAAACAGCUACUAAUGCUAAACCAGAAGAAGUUUCAUUAAAAAAUGGAGGAUCCAGAAGACGAUUUUGUGAAGUACUUUUUAAGUAUGAACCUUGUAAUAAAGAUGAAUUAACUUUAGUACCUCAAGAUUCUAUAGAAUUUUUGGGUGAAGCAGAAGAAGGAUGGUGGAGAGGUAGACUUAAGGGCAAGGUUGGAGUCUUUCCCUCAAAUUUUGUAUCUCCUCCAGUGUACGAAGAUUCUGACAAACAUAAAGAUCCAGAUAAAAAAGAAAUAUGUAAAGUACUUUUUCCUUAUGAAGCUGCUAAUGUAGAUGAAUUAACAUUGAAUGAAGGAGAUAUAAUAACACUUCUUUCUAGAAAUGCCCCCGAUAAGGGUUGGUGGAUAGGAGAAUUGGAUGGUCAAGUGGGUCUAUUUCCUGACAAUUUUGUUGAAGUAAUAAAUGCUGCAGCUGACCAUCAAGACCAUGAUCAAAAACAUGAAAAUUCUAUGAAAACAGCUACGAAACAUCCUCAUCAAAUAAAGAAGAAUGGAAAAGCACAUACUAGAAAAAGUUUGGAUGUACGAAAUGUACAUGCAGAUACAACUAAGAAAACCAUAUCAAUAACAGGACCUUCUACAACAUCAACUGCUUCAGGAGUUGGAGGAAAUAGUGCAGAUAGAAAAAGUAUAGGCAGUCAUGCAAUCAUAUCGAAUUUAAAACGUCUCGUAGGUGAUGCAGGAACGAACAACGGUAAUGGAAAUACUAAUGUAGCUUUGGGUGAAGAAUUAGAUGGGGUAGAACGAGGAGAAGGAGCACCGCUUUCGCACUUAACAGCUUCUCGAGCUAAAGCACCCCGUCGACGUCCACCUUCUUCGCGACGUUUAAGACGUCACACUGCCGGACCAAUAGUCCCUACAACCACUACAACACCUGUUAGUGUUCUUGGCUUUAGUUUAGUAGAGGAAUUAAAAUUAAAUCAAUUAGAGAGGAGAAAAGUUGUACCAGUGGAACAUGUUAAAUCCGAAGUGAAGAAGGAACGUAAUUAUUUUCGGGUGUUAAAUACAACAAAUAUCAUAGACUGCAUUAAGAAAUUAGAGGCAGAAUGUGAAGAAAGUAAGCAAAAGUGUAAAAAUCUAAGUCAGAGGUCUGACACAUCUUCACAUCCUGAACAGACCUCAGCUACUUCUGGACCUCCAGCUUAUGUGCCCUAUACAGUUUACAAUCAACUAUUAGAAAGGGUUACCGCGUUAGAAGAAAAACAAGUAAAUCUAGAAGAAAUAAUGGGACAGAUUUUGGAACAGUUUCUACGUCUGGUAUCUUCAACGAAUAGCCCGGAUUAA